GCUAUUUUGCCUUUGAUUGGAUUUGAAGCUGUCAAUCAAAGUACUUCCUCUUUGACAAAGCUCUACUAAACUUGGAAAGUCGAAGAUAUUGUGAGAAAGUCUAAGAUAAUUAUGUACUAACAAUAUUAAGUUGAAGUGCAGUGGUGUCUCCUUACGUUUUCAGGGAAGUCUGGCUCUCCACUCUCUUGUUUUUGUAACUUGCGGCAAGUUUACGGUGUUUGGCAGGGCGAAGUAUAUUGUAAACGGUUGAAGUUGAUCUUGUUGUUUUGGGCAGGCCAUUUCCGACUGGGUGCUUCCAGUUCUCGCUUACUGGCUCUGUUAAAGGUGCUAUCAGGAUGAGUGCUUCGACCCUCAAUACUGGGACACUGACUCGCUGUCUGGCUGAUGCCGGUUUGAGUGAUUCGGGAGACGGUCCCCCGAAUGUCCCUCCUCCACUUGCUGUCGUGUGUGCUACUCUUGACUCAGAACAGGUACCCUACCCAGGAGUCUCAUUUACUAUUCAGAUAGGACUGACAAGAGAGUUCGUGUUGCUACCGUAUUCUGCUGACCUGGCUCACGCUAAACAGCUGGCUUGCUCCAUUGUGGACCAGAAGUUCCCAGAGAGUGGAUUCUAUGGAAUAUAUGAUAAGAUCCUCCUCUUCAGGCAUGAUCCCACUUCCAGUAACAUCCUGCAGCUGGUUAAAUCAGCAAGUGAUAUUGUGGAGGGUGACCUUGUCGAGGUGGUGCUGUCAGCAUCAGCCACAUUUGAAGACUUCCAGAUCCGGCCACAUGCACUAAAUGUCCACUCAUAUCGUUCUCCAGCAUUCUGUGAUCACUGUGGAGAGAUGCUGUUUGGGCUGGUGCGACAAGGACUGAAGUGUGAUGGUUGUGGGCUAAAUUAUCACAAACGCUGUGCGUUUAGCAUUCCUAACAACUGCAGUGGGGCAAAGAAAAGAAGACUUUCAUCGUCAUCAUCAUCCAUGAUAAGCACCAGCUCAUUGCGACUGUCUACUACAGAGUCGUUGCCCUGCACACCUGAUGAAUUCUAUGCAGCUAACCGAACCCCACUGGAGUCUUUCUCACGACGACCAAAUUCUUCAUAUACAGGUCGCCCAAUUCAUAUGGACAGAAUGCUGCUUUCUAAGGUUAAAGUGCCGCAUACCUUUGCGGUUCAUUCAUAUACCAGACCCACUGUUUGCCAGUACUGCAAAAAGCUGCUAAAAGGCCUAUUCCGUCAGGGUCUCCAGUGCAAAGACUGUAAAUUUAAUUGCCAUAAACGGUGUUCCUCCAAAAUUCUUAAUGACUGUCUAGGAGAAUCAACAUUUGAUGGAGGAGACAUGGCAAGUUUCUUGACUGAUUCUGAGGUGAUGAUGGAAGAUUCCGGUGGCUCUUGCAAUGGCGAUAGAAGUUCCUUGAUGGAAGAUACGGAUGACUCUGGCAUUAUCACAGAACUCCAGUCAGAGAAUGAAUUCCAAGGUGAAGACAUGGAUGAUGUCAGCAAAAUUCAGAGUUCAAUGGGUUACAUCCCUUUGAUGAGGGUUGUCCAGUCAGUCAGACAGACAACACGGAAAUCCAGUACUACUCUAAAGGAAGGAUGGAUGGUCCACUACAGCAGCAAAGAUACUCUGAGAAAACGCCACUAUUGGAGAUUAGAUUGCAAGUGUUUAAUUCUCUUCCAUAAUGACACUACUAACCGGUACUACAAGGAAAUCCCUCUGUCAGAGAUCCUGUCUGUAGAGCAUGCUCAGAACUUCACACUUAUGCCUCCAGGGACCAACCCUCAUUGCUUUGAGAUUAUUACUGCUAAUGUUACUUAUUUCAUUGGAGAAGAUCUGAGCCAUUCUGCAUCUGAAGUAGUCAACUAUAGUUCUGAGCAGAAUGGAGUCGGUGUAGAGGUUGCCAAGUCAUGGGAAAAGAUUAUUCGCCAGGCGCUGAUGCCCAUCAUCUCCCAAAGUGUUGCCGGCACUGAGGGACAUGCUCCACAGAGACAGGCCUCUCUUCGAAUAUCCCUUUCCAGCAAUCAGAUACAGGAGAAUGUGGAUAUUGCAACAGUCUAUCAAAUAUUUGCUGAUGAGGUACUGGGCUCUGGACAGUUUGGAGUAGUUUAUGGAGGUAAACAUCGAAAAACUGGACGAGAUGUUGCUGUGAAAGUAAUUGACAAACUGAGGUUUCCAACAAAGCAAGAGAGUCAGUUGCGCAAUGAAGUAGCCAUCUUACAGAGUCUGCGGCACCAUGGCAUUGUGAACUUGGAGUGCAUGUUUGAGACCCCAGAGAAGGUGUUUGUUGUCAUGGAGAAACUGCAUGGGGACAUGCUUGAGAUGAUUCUAUCCAGUGAGAAAGGAAGACUUCCUGAACGGAAUACCAAGUUCUUCAUUUCCCAGAUUUUGGUUGCACUAAGGCAUCUCCAUUUCAAAAAUAUUGUUCACUGUGACCUGAAACCUGAGAAUGUACUACUGGCAGCAGCAGAGCCUUUUCCAAAGGUGAAAUUGUGUGACUUUGGUUUUGCCAGGAUCAUUGGUGAAAAAUCUUUCCGACGUUCAGUGGUCGGGACCCCAGCUUACCUGGCCCCAGAAGUGCUGCUAAAUCAGGGAUAUAAUCGCUCUUUGGAUAUGUGGUCAGUUGGUGUAAUAAUGUAUGUCAGUUUAAGUGGGACAUUCCCUUUCAAUGAAGAUGAGGACAUCAAUGACCAGAUUCAAAAUGCAACAUUCAUGUACCCACCUAAUCCAUGGAGGGAUAUUUCCACUGCAGCAACUGACUUGAUCAACAACCUUCUACAGGUGAAGAUGAGGAAACGAUAUAGUGUAGACAAGUCCCUCAGUCACCACUGGCUUCAGGACUACCAGACUUGGCUGGAUCUGCGAGAGUUGGAGUACAGAACUGGUGAGCGUUACAUUACACAUGAAAGUGAUGAUGCACGGUGGGAGCAGUUUGCCAAGGAUCACUCUCUGCCGUAUCCCCAACAUCUGACAGCACAUGACAGUGACUUCGAUGACAGUGAAAUGCAAGGACUAACAGAAAGAGUCAGCAUAUUAUGAAUCAUAUUAAGGAACAGCCUGCAUUUUCACAAUAAGGGAAUAGUAAUAAAGACUGUUUUCCUGUAAUAGUGCUUCUGCUGUGAAGUAAACCCUGGCAAUGGACACAUUAUACAUCAAGGGCAUGGAAGAAUUUUGUGUGCUAUGAGUAUGUUCCUGCCUAAAAUAUACAUUUUUUUAUUUAGGUUGACUGAACCAAAAUAAUACAUUCAUAGGAGGUUACUAGUCUAACAGCUCCAGGUAGCUUACAAGCCUAGCCAAGUUAAACUCACCCAAGUUCAUCUCUGUAAUCAUACUGAUGCUGAUGUACAUUCAGGGCUAGAAGGAGUGCAGAUAUAAUACCAUGCCUGUGAUACUGUGUAAUGUGUCUGUAGCCAUGUGAAAAUCCAAAUGGUUAAAAAACACCAGACUUGUUCCUCAUCUCAGUCAUUGUCUGGUAUGGACUGGCCAAACGUCUUAGUAAUAAAGUUAAACAAAAGCUA